UAGUAGGUUUUCCUUCCUCAACAUGAAACCCACUUAGCAUUAACCGACCACGCGGAUCGAACUUCUAUAACUUCGGAUCAACCUUCGUCAGAUCACGAAGAACUUGCAGCAUAUCACGAGUGGCCUCCCCAAAUAGCCGUGAACGCGCCAGCACGAACAACGGGUCUUGUGAUAUGUCGAUAAUUGCCAAUGCGGCCCGCGACGUACAAUAAAUGGCAUCAAACAGAACCCAUAUUGACUUCGUCCGCUCUUCAUGUCCAAACCACGAGCAACCGAUGGUGUAGCAUUGAAAUGGGUUGACGGUGACGCGCCUCCCGUCCUUCCCACAGGAACAUCCUUUGGGGUGCCUUGGGCGCAAGGAGAGAUUGACCGCACGACUCCAAUCUCUCUCACGUCCUCAGGCGUCUCUAUACCGAUCCAAACAUGGCCUUUAGCCUAUUGGCCGGAUGGCAGCCUGAAAUGGACAGGACACGCACUGGCGGCUGACAAUACUUUGGGAGAUACAUUAGAGAUGUCGACCGACACUCCUACAGAGCCCUCUUCGCCAGUUUCUGUAUCCCAGUCUUCUUCACAAAUCACUGUCACUACCGGUUCAUUCACUGCCGUCUUCAACACAGCCGGAGACGUGUUGAUCCAAUCACUUGGACUCGAUGGACAAAUCAAGGCGCAGAACGGCUCCCUUGUCGUUCAUCUUCAAAACAGUCCAGACGAACCAGAGCUUGUAGGAGACAAACCGAGUGUUUACGCCCUUAGUGGAACCAUAGACUCUAUCACUGUUGAGCAAAGCGGUCCUGUUCGUGCAGUCAUAAAGAUUACCGGGAAAUAUUCAGGACAAGGGCAUGCCACUUUUCUACCUUUCAUUGUCAGGUUUUAUGUUUCCGCCGGCGCGACCUCAAUUCGAUUGGUUCAUUUCUUCAUAUAUGAUGGUGAUCAGACGCAGGAUUUCAUCAAGGGACUGGGCCUGACGUUUGCAACUCCCCUCAGCGAUCUGCUCCAAGAUCGACAUAUCCGUUUUGCUACCACAGAUGGUGGUAUAUGGGGUGAAGCGGUUCGGCUACUGUCCGGCUUGCGUCGAGACGCUACAGCCGCUGUCCUCGUUCCCCAAUUUGAAGGACAGGCUACCCCAGAUAUCUCGACAUGGCCAGCGACAGUUUCUGCUGGUAUCGAUGAUCUACCCGUGUGGGCGGAUUUCACGCUGGACCAGUUAUCGCCAGCACAUUUCACUAUCAAGAAGAGGUCUACCGGUGGUAGAAAUGCAUCAUUCAUCGACCAUGCAGGCUUCGGAACAAAGGCGGCGGGAGUUGGUUACAUUGGAGGUGCAAACGGAGGUGGAACUCUAUUUGGAUUCAGAGAUUUCUGGCAAGGAGCCCCCAGGGGCCUUGAUGUUCGGGGUGCGGGAGGCGAUACAGCCACCGUCACUCUGUGGGCAUACAGUCCGAGGGCUCCUGCUAUUGACAUGCGGCAUUAUGACACUGUCGCACACGGUUUGGACCUAACCUACGAGGACGUAGGCGAUCCAGACCCUAAUCCAGUUGGCAUUGGACGGUCGUACGAUAUCUCGUUGCAGGUGGUCAGCUCGACACCCUCCCGAGACUCCAUCGCCCAGUGGGCUGGUGCUAUCACCAAAGUCCCCCAAAUUGUGGCCAGCCCUGAAUUCUAUGUAGCCCACAGGUUGUUUGGAGGUCGAUGGUCUGUUCCGAAUCCAACGACUAGUGGAGCAACAGAUAUCGAGAAUAGAAAGAGCGCCCUGCUUGACUUCUAUGUUGCUGAAAUUGAUCAGAGACAGUUCUAUGGUUUCUGGAAUUAUGGGGAUGUAAUGCACACAUACGAUGAAACUCGCCACACUUGGAGGUACGACGUUGGAGGAUAUGCUUGGGACAAUGGAGAACUUGCAUCGGACUUAUGGCUUUGGAUGUCGUUCCUUCGCACAGGCCGCGCCGACGUCUUCCGCAUCGCCUAUGCCAUGACCCGCCAUCUAUCUGAAGUGGAUUUCCAUCAUAUUGGCCCAUUUGCGGGCUUGGGAAGUCGACACAAUGUUUCUCACUGGGGUGAUGGAGCGAAAGAGGCUCGCGUCGCAGGAAGCACGCUGAAGCGACCAUUCUACUACCUCACAGCGGAUGAACUCAUCGGAGAUAUUAUGGAUUACUCUUUACAGGCCGAUGAAACGAUUGUUACAUGGGAGCCUCUGAGAAAAGUUUUGCCUCCUCCUGAUCCCGCUGCGGGUCCUGGACGGGUGAGAAUUGGACCGGAUUGGACUACUUUGGCCGGAAAUUGGUUCACUAAAUGGGAGCGUACUAACGAUUCGCAGUGGCUUGACAGAAUUAAGACUGGGAUGCAUGACAUAGGCACCUUCAAGUACGGACUUUUCACUGGAUUUACAGGCGCCGUAGGAUGGGACCCAAGCACAGCUCAUCUGGUCGAUUAUGGAACCGGCCCAGAAGACUCAUUCAAUCUCACAAUGAUAUUUGGGGGCGGAGAAUUCCUCAUGGAAGCCGUGGAAAUAAUCACGGACGAACCUGAUUUUGACGCAGCUUGGGUGGACUUUUGCAGGCUGAUGAAUGCGUCCAACGCAGAGAGGAUGGCGAGAUAUGGAAUCUCAUUUAGUACCGGUGGAUUUGUAUAUUAUUAUGCCAAAUUGCAGGCUUAUGCUGGUGAACGACUUAACGAUGACACGAUAAAGCAAGCCGCUUGGACGUCGUUGACAUCCUCGGACGUUGGCAUCUGGGAUCCUGUUGCACAGAUCGGUGGAACGGAUGUCGUUAACCCCAUUAAUGAAAUCCCGAAUCUUGCUACCAACGACGCGUCCCAGCGGUCGUUGACAGAGUAUGCGGUCCUUGCUAUUGCUCCAGAAUUCGCGCCAAACACUGCUCGGUUUACCAUUAAGAAAAAACAGGAAGAGGACUGGGAUCGCUCGACACUUGCUUCGGAAAAAGAGCAAGCAGUUGGCAAGGUAUCCUCAGCUAGCUCACCGGAUAAGAAGCGAGGUUGGAGAAGGUUGUUAUGUACGAUAUAAAAUAUAUCCGUGUGGAACCUGAUGUAGCCAUACCCAAUCGAGUCUAUUGUUUAUUUCAUUGCGAAAAGUAA